GUAACAUUUGAAUAGCGCUCGUGCGGUGAUAAGUCGCCAUAGUUGGUACCAUCAUUUGUUUGCACGAUGGCGUCCGGCGGUGAAAACCCGACGGAGGAAAGAACCGAGCCAGUGACACCAGCACAACCCCUCACCAAUGUCGUGAGCGAAGCAGCGCAAAGGAUACUAGCUAUGAACAAGGACUCCGAUUUGACAGGUGUACCGCCAAAAAAAUCACGGGUCGAAUUGCAAUCCCUUCCGACUAGGCAGUACUUGGAUCAGACGGUAGUUCCAAUUCUGCUACAGGCAUUGUCGAGUUUAGCCAAGGAGAGACCUGCGGAUCCUAUUAGCUUUCUAGCUGGAUACUUGCUGAGGAAUAAGAGCCAGUAUGACAAUGGUGAAUCUCCUCCGACUAGUUAAUGAACUGUCGACUUGUUUACUAAUAUGCAAUGAAAAUUGAGAAAUCGUUUGUAAACAUAUACUGAUUUUUCUUAGGAACAUAUACGAGUUGGGCAAGGUGUGUUUGUGUAAUUUCAAAUUAAAUAAAAAUGUAUUAGUUUUCUUAAUUUACGAUAGGCCUUUUAGCAGGUAAUCGACCAACGUAACGCAAAUGUAUUCAGUUUCGCAAAAAAUUUCUUUUAGUGUU